AGUGGUUUGUGCCAACAGCAAAUGUAAGUCAAUACUUUCACUUCAAUUUAGAAUACGUUGGGUCUUUCAGUUGAGAUACACAAGCUUCAUCCUGCAGAUGUUCCAGUGGUGGCGUACAUUUUGACCAGUACGUCUCUUAACAGGUGUGUGGGAAAAGAAAAACUUCAGUUCCAAGUGUAGUUGAGUGUUACUAAAUGACUCCUUAAACAUGUUGGAUCCACGAGGGAAUGAAACCAGAGGAAGCCAGAUUACAUCAGUGGGGACCAACUUCAGCCAGAACGAUAAAGGCUUUCUUAUGACUGAUCCCAGACCACCAGAAUAUAUCCAAGCCGUGCACAAGAAGAACACCGUGAAAGAACUGCUACUAAUGAGACGCCAGAAAUGGAACUGCUCGCGGGGCGACAACCACUUGGAGCAUAAAUUAAAAUCAGCAAAAACUGAAGAUUUCGCCAAUGACAUAAGUCCUCAUCUAUUGGGCCCUCCAGCACCAGUAAACUCCAAUAUUACGAUUAAUUUCGCCCCUACUUUUCCUGAAAAUGGUCACAUUAACCCACAGCAAAUGCAGGAUCCAGCUCUACAGGGACAAGUGGCUCCGACUGCUGAAGUCAAAAUGACUUUAUUUCACUGGCAAAUACAGCAAGAGGCACAGAAAGUUGGAGGAGUUUCUCCUGAGCUGCUGAACAUGCAAGACGUGGAUGGAGACACAUUUCUUCACAUAGCAGUUGCGCAAGGUAGACGCGCUCUGGCUUAUGUGCUUGCUACAAAAAUGGCUAGAUAUGGCUCUUUGGACAUGAAAGAACACAAUGGGCAGACAGCUCUUCAGAUAGCGGCUGCCACCAAUCAGCACUUGAUUGUCCACGACCUGCUGGCACAUGGAGCACAUAUUAACACUCGAGACCUCUGGGGCCGCUCUCCUUUGCACGUGUGUGCUGAGAAAGGCCACUUUCUCAGUCUUCAGAGCAUCUGGAGGACCCUAAUAGGGAGUGGGGAACCAAUUGAUAUAGAAAUGUUCAAUUAUGAUGGUUUUACUCCGCUGCAUGCAGCAGUCUUGUCUCACAACGCUGUCGUUAAAGAGCUGAGGAGUCUGGAAAGUCCUUGCUCAUAUAUGGCAGCGGAGCUGGUGCGGAGAAGACAGAUGUAUGUUGAAUGUAUUAAGACUCUGCUGCUCAUGGGCGCCUCCUUUGGGACAAAGGAUCUAAAAAGUGGACGGACGUGCCUUCACAUGGCUUCUGAGGAGGCAAAUGUGGAGCUGUUUAACAUUUUCUUUGACCAGCCAUCUUCACUGUCAAUUGUAAACAUUAAGACGUUCAGUGGAAACACAGCCCUGCACAUUGUCAGCGCUUUGCAAAAUCAUAAAACUCAAGUGGAAGCGGUGAAGCUGCUGAUGAGAAAAGGAGCGGACCCCGGGAUCAGGAACUUUGAAAAUGAACUGCCGUCUCAGCUGGUGCCUGAUGGACCCAUCAGUGAAAAGGUGCGGCAGAUCCUGAAAGGGAAAUAUGUUCAUGCUUAACGGAAGCUCAGAAACACUGUCAGUCAGACAGUCCAGUCUAUCAAAAUAUUAUUUGCCAAAAUAAGGCAGAUUCUAGUUGUUUCAGUGAAACAUGCCGAAUUGUUCAUUGCCAUGUAAUGACGAAAGAGAAAGUGGAUAUGAUUUGUAUUUUUUGUGUUUAUUAACCUUUAUCGUUUAAGGCGUUAAGCUGAUACUUUAAGACUGCCAUACAGUGAGCGAAUACACUCUGUAAAUCGGUAUGUGUUUUGGGUGAUGAGUUAUGAUUAUUGCUGACAAGUUCUUUCAUAGUUAUGGAGGAUUCAAUCAUGGGUUCAGCUAUGUUUUUAUUUUAUUUUAAUCAGUCUUUGUAAAAAAAAAAAAAAAAAAAAUCCAUGCAUUUUACAUGCAGAAAACUUACGACAUUUUCUUAGCACACUACUGAACUACAUUUUGUGAAAAGGUUAUUGUGUGAUGUGAUAUCAUGAAAUAGUUUCAGUAUUCCACAUUUGUAUAUAUUUUCUCAAUGUUAACUAUGUUUAGUUAAAGGGUGUGGAAAUGUUAAGUACUCAAACGUUGACACUGUGUCUUUUGUUUUGUCUUAAGUCAAAAUAAUGUAGAUUACAGAAAUAAAUUUAACAUUUUAUUGUGAAAUAGAUAUUGUGCUGACACAAGAAGUUAACUGUGCAUUGAGGGUGAUUUUCAACUCAUAAAAUAAAGUCUCUUUUCCUGCA